UGGACUGAAUGAAUUGGAGAGGCGCAGACUCCGAAACAGUCGGCCCGCUUUCAGCGCGUCGCCGUGCAAGGGGGGUAUUUGGGUGAGGGGACCCGCGCUUAACAUUAAACAGUUGAACAUUUGCUGCUGCUGCAAGACCAUGCUCACACGGGUGAAAUCAGCGGUGGCUAAUUUUAUGGGAGGAAUGAUGGCAGGUAGUGCGAAUGGAGACCAUCUCGGUGGAUCGGAUUUGCCGUUAAAAUUCCCUUACUCAAGACCCGAGUUCCUUGGACUGUCACAGGAUGAAAUUGAAUGCUCAGCGGAUCACAUAGCGAGACCAAUCCUCAUUUUAAAGGAGACAGAACGAUUGCCAUGGGCCACUGGUUAUGCGGAGGUGAUCAACGCAGGGAAGAGCCCGCUGAACGAGGACCAGGCGUGCUGUGAGGUUCUGGUGCUUAAGAAGAGACACGUGGGGAGCUCCACCCCCAACAGGACCCCCACCAGCAGGAGGAGGUCGUCCCUGCCCAAUGGAGAGGGCCUGGGCCCCAAGGACAACGCUGACUGCGAAGGCCUGACGCUCCACUACUGGGCCAUGUUCGACGGCCACGCGGGCUCCGGUGCCGCGGUGGUGGCCUCUCGCCUCCUGCAGCACCACAUCGUGGAGCACCUUCAGGAGGUGUUGGACGUCCUGCAAAACCCGUCUGUGCCGCCCCCCACCUGCCAGGGGGAGGAGCCCACCAACCACCACCUGACCCCCACCUCCCACCGGGCCCUCACCAGGGCCGCUUCUCUCAGGGGGGCCGCGGGGGCCCCCGGGUCCCCCUGCCCCCCGCCGACGCGCUUCUUUAUGGAGAAGAAGGUCCAGCAUGAGAGCAUGGUGAUCGGAGCCAUCGAGAACGCCUUCAAGGACAUGGAUGCGCAGAUUGAGAGAGACAAGAUGGUGUUCAACAUCUCUGGAGGCUGUACUGCUCUGGCGGUGAUGUUCUUACUGGGGAAACUGUAUGUAGGAAAUGCUGGAGACAGCCGAGCCAUCAUUAUCCGGGCUGGAGAGGUCAUCGCCAUGUCAACAGAGUUCACUCCAGAGUCAGAGAGACAGCGGCUGCAGUUCCUGGCCUACAUGCAGCCCCACCUGCUGGGGAACGAGUUCACCCACCUGGAGUUCCCCAGGAGGGUGCAGAGGAAGGAAGUGGGCAAGAGGAUGCUGUAUCGAGACUUCACCAUGUCAGGCUGGGCGUAUAAAACCAUUGAGGACGACGACCUGAAGUUUCCCCUAAUCUACGGCGAAGGGAAGAAGGCUCGUGUUCUGGCUACGAUUGGGGUUACCAGGGGCUUGGGAGACCACGACCUUAAAGUCCACGACUCCAACAUCUACAUCAAGCCCUUCCUCUCCUGCUGCCCUGAGGUGAAGGUGUACCCGCUGACGCAGUACCAGCAUGGGGCAGACGAUGUGCUGGUGGUGGGGACAGAUGGCCUGUGGGACGUCCUGUCCAACCAGGAGGUGAACGAGGCCGUCACCGGUUUCCUUGCCAACUGUGGCCCUGACGACCCUCACAGGUACACCAUGGCGGCCCAGGACCUGGUGAUGCGGGCGCGAGGAGUGCUGAGGGACCGUGGCUGGAGGAUAGCCGACGACCGGCUGGGAUCUGGAGACGACAUCUCGGUCUACAUCAUCCCUCUGAUGCACGGCAACAGGCAGACCUAGCAACCGCUGGUCCCUGCGACGGGAGAGACGCAUGGUUCGUAUCUCCUCGACACCUUCCCCCUCCUAAACCCUGACCAGUGUCUUUGUCACGCUUACUGCUCUCCCGACGUGAAGGAUUUUCUACUUAUGAUGAGUUGCCGUGGGAGCUUAGUUCACGGUAUGAGGUUUUGUCCAGGAUUGUACCAGACUAGCAUCGGUCAAUGUGAAGACGAGGGUCAACGAAGAGCCUUCUCUUUCAGACCAUAGCCUCUCAUUAGGUUGUUAAUGUGUUUCUUCUAGUGAAGGUGUGAACACCUAGUGUAACCAGCACACUGCAGAAGAUGAGACUAGUUCACCAGACCCACAUGGUAUAGAAAAGGCUAGUCAUCAUUGUUGCUGGGUAGUUUGGAUUUAGACUCAAAUGUAUACUUCCCUUUUGUAGAACAAACAAACCAGAGGAACACCAUUGGGCCUCUACUUACACUCUCUCUAACUGACCUUUUUAAGUUGUUAGACGGCUACUAGCCUCGUAUGUUAUUUGAUGAAGGAGCAGGAAGUGAUCGGAGGGGGUUAGGCAUGUGGGAACCUGUUUAGGAUGUGAAGAUGUGAAUUGAGAUAUUAACGUUAUUGACAAUAAGUAUGUAAAUAUGUUUAAAAUGGUGACAUUUGGGAUAUUGUGUAUAUGGUUUUGUUGUAUGAUUGUACAGUGUAUAGAGACCCUGCUUGAAGUGUAUAUACUGUAAGUGAUCAAGCCCCUUAUCUUCUAAGGAUCAUCUAAGCCCUGCUUGACCAAGGUCAGCCGUCCAUUGCGUCCACAAAUCUCUAAAUAGUGCAAUCCGCCAGUAGACAUCCCUUAGCUUUAAGAUUUCAGAGUUACCUAGUUCCUUCGGCUGCAGUAGGACAACAUGAAGUCAGUCUGCUGUGAAGGUGGCUGCCACUGGCCCAUCACUGGAUACGCUCUGGAAAAAGCGUCUGCUAAAUUACUAAAUACAUUUUAUUUCAUUUUAAACUUGUAUUUAUUUAUUUUAAAAAAUAUUUUCAUUUUCUUGGUCAGUUGUGGUCGUGCUGAGGGAGAAACAAUGAUAUAGCUGCACUCAGAAGUAACAUAAACUAAUGUGUAUAUUAUUUGUUUAUUUUAUAUGAACGGUAGUGUAAUUUAAAGUUUUUAUUUGUUUCUGAUACUGAAGAACCCACUGGUAUGACUGAAAAAUAUUUGGUAUUUUGAUAGCAAACCUGUAUUACAUCUUGAAUAGAUCCAGCCCCUGCAUUGGUGAACCAUUUAAAUUCAACACAGUUCCUUUCUAAUCAUAAUGAAAUCAAGUUUUCCAUCUACCUCAUGAUUUAAAAAAUCCACUUUCCUUGUUUUACCUGUGUGCAUUAUCUCUUUGUGUGUCUGUUUACAAAUUUAAUGGACAGCAUUUUCUGGUAGACUUGCCAGUCUUUUAAAUUAGUCUAAUCUGAAAAUGUAAGCACUUCGUAUUCGAUGUUUGUGCACUGUGAUUGAUAUGAUGAUGCCUAUGCCAACUGACGUUUGAAUUCAGUUGGUAUUGACAUCAUAUCUUACUGAAUUAAUUUUCAAUGUUGACAUUAUUAGAGAAAACGGCUGUGUGUCCUUUCUAAAAUAUCAGUGACUUCUGACACUGGAGAAACAGAUUGUGAAAUGUAUGUGGUGCGGUUUGCUUGUCUGAAAAUCAACGUGAAUUAGUUUAUUUUCCAUUAUUUUGAAAUUAUGUUUACUAUUAAUGGAUUGUUGAAGUUACGUCACAACUCAGGAAGCUAUGUGGCAGAUAUUUUAUGCUGUUGUACAGAAAGUGGUUGGUCAUUUCAUUGUUAAAUUCUUCAGAAUUUUGUGUCAAGUUCAGAAUAAAGAUCUGUUAUUUACGUUUUGUUCAUCUUAACAGACGACUGACGUAGGGCAUUACUUAUUUAAAUGGAUGUUUAGUUGUUAGGUGUUAAUAUUUGUUAUUCUCCUCUUGUCAGGAACAGAAUUGGAAGUUGACGUUGUAAAACUGAACACACUUUCUUAAUGAUAAUAAUACAUGUAAUGCUAACUAAGGACUUCCCUGAAUGGCACUAUAGGGCAUUCUGCAGGUGUCUUCAGACAUGGCAGAACCAGUGAUCCACUAGCUUGUCAUGUCUUGUUGAAACUGGAGGAAUACUUCUUUUUGUACCAAGUUUUCUUUCUAUCCCUUAAAAGAUGCUUUUGCUCCGAUCUAUCCGUCCUCUUUUGUAACUCUGAGUUCCUCUUAACUGUUCCUGGUAUGAUGCAUGCUUCUGUUCAAACAUUGUUCUUCUUCCCCACUCUAGAGAGAACCACUGUAGUUGCUUUAUGAGACUUUAAAAGACGGUUGAAGAGGCAGGUGGAGGUUUAAAUGAAUGUAAAAACAUGUAAAUACAGCGCAACACAUACUUCUGGAAUAAGUAUUUCCUUUGUGACAAUGUAUGUGCUGUACAUUUGAAGUUCAACAUUCGUAACGUCUUGAAAACUUGAGUGCAUUGUAAAAAAGAUGACUAGAGUUGCUUUUCAAUUUGAUUAAAGUACUGGAUGAUAAAGGACUCAUCUUGUUCUUAUUGGCUGGGACACAGACU